AUGGAAUCGGACUCAUCAGGACUUAGUUCUAGUGUUAUUCAGCAAUACUGGAAUGCCAUUCUCACUUGUUAUUUUCAUAACGAUGAAAAUGUUCGAAUUAAUUCUGCUCAAGUUAUUCGACAAACAUUGGAACAAGGAUUGGUAACACCCGGAUCAUCUAUUCCUACGCUUAUAGCAAUGUCUACUGAUUAUUUGAGUCAAAUCAGAAUUGGAGUUGAUAUAUUAAUUAGAGAUAUGAAUACAAAAUACAAAGGACUUAUUCUUAGCAAAGCAGUGGCUGGUAUUAGACUUUCUUUCGAAUUACAGAAGAAGAUUCGAAAUAAUGCUAGAAAAAUUAUUCGUGGUUUUCGUGCAAAUGACAAUCCUUUGAAUAGCAAUAGAGCCUCUACAAAUAGUGAAAAAUUAUUAACUCAUUCAAUUGAUGUUACAGCUUUACUUUCUAUUUUCUAUAUUAAUGUGCGCGCAAAUAGGCAAAACAGACGUACAUUUCUUUCUUCUCUAUUGAAAAUUUUCUCGGAGGAGAACAGUGAUAAAACUGAACAAGAAGAAUGGCUUUUCCUUUCUGAUAAUUUGGCACAUUUUCCUUACACUGUGAUGGAUGAACCUCUUUAUGUGAUUCAUCAAGCGGAUACAAUUAUCUCUGUUUCCGGUCAAAAUAUUCUCAGCCAAUUACGCCAAUUACUUGUUCCUGCACACCUUGAAAGAAGCUUAGGAUCGAGCAAAGAUGAAACAAACUCAAACAAAUCAAUCCGUAUAGAAGAACCAGAAGAAUUUAGUGUUGAACAUAUUUUAAAGAAUCUUCCGGAGGACAAGGAAAAAAUUUAUGAACUUAGAAAGAAUAGUCAUGCUUGUUUUAUUUUGCUUCAUUUAAAAAAGUUUUUGAUGAACAUGUAUGGAUUUAGGGAAGACAAAGUUUCAGAAUAUAGUCCUUCUGAACCAACUAAUGUUUACGAAAAGCCAGUUAAUCGUCGAAAUAUUCCAGUAUUUUCCCCUGCUUUUAUUUUUAAUGAAAUUGGAAAUGAAAGUCAAACAGUUGAUUUGGAUAUUAAAAUUGCACAGGAUUUCCAUAGAGUUGACAAAAAUUUAAAAUUUGUCUAA